AUGAGAAGAGGGUUAGGAAAUGAGAAGCGCUUUUUGAGACGGUCCUUCAAUAGGUCAUACUACUACAAGAAGAAUGAAAAAGAGAAGAUUGAAGAAAUGAAUAGUAGGAAAAAUAAUAAUUAUGAAAAAGAAGAGGAAGAAGAUGAUGAAGAAGAUAUUGAUGGAGUUGAUGAAGAUAUAAAAGAAAAAUGUAGUAAAGCAGUGUGCGAUAUGAAUUCAUCUGAUAUUGAAGAAAGGAAUGAAAAGAAGAAAAAAAAUGAAAAAUUUAUAGUAAAAGAAAAAAAAGAAUUAAGUGUAAAUGAUGAAUCUUUUCUCAUAAAGAAUAUGGAACAAAAUAAUAAUGAUAAGGGUCAAGAUAAAAAUAAUGUUAUAUGUCCAUUAUGUGUUGAGGUGUUAGAUGAAACAGAUCGAAAUUUUUUCCCAUGUGAUUGUGGUUAUCAAAUAUGUUUAUGGUGUCUUUAUUAUAUAAGAGAUCAUAUGAAUAAUACAUGUCCAGCUUGUCGAAGAAGUUAUGAAGAAAAAAAUUUUAUAUAUAAUAAAGAGACCCAUGAAAAAUUAAUUAAGAAGCAGAAGAGUAAUAAGAAUAAGAGUGACAAUAAUAAUAAUAAUAAUAAUAAUAAUAAUAAUAUAAAUAGGGGUGAUAAUAAUUAUAUGAAUAACAUUAACUUAACAAAUAUGAAUGAAAUGAAUAAUAUUAAUGAUAUGAAUAAUAUUAAUAAUAACAAUAAUGAUGAUAAUAAUAAUAAUAAUGAUAAUAAUAAUAAUGAUAAUAAUAAUGAUAAUGAUAAUAAUAAUGAUAAUAAUAAUAAUAACAACAACAAUAAUAAUAAUAACAACAAUAAUAAUAAUAACAAUAAUAAUAAUUAUUAUUAUUAUAUUAGUAACAAUUAUAAUAAUAAUUAUAGUAGUAGUGGUAGUUUAUUAUAUAGGAGUGAUACAUACAAACAUCCCAAUAUAUAUAAUAUACAUGAAUAUGAUAAUUUGCUAGAAAUUAUUAAAAGUAUAAGAGUUGUUCAAAGGAAUCUUGUUUUUGUUAUAGGUAUAACAGCUACAUAUGCCAAGAAAACUGUUUUAAAAAAGAAUGAACAUUUUGGUAAGUAUGGAAAAAUAUUAAAUAUUAUUAUUAAUAAAUCUCAAGCAUAUAAUCCUCAAUAUAAUGGUCCAUCCUUUAGUGCAUAUAUUACCUAUAGUAAUGAAAAAGAAGCCAUAAACGCUAUAUACUUUAUAGAUGGAAUGACGUUAGAUAAUAAAAUAUUAAAAGCUUCUUUUGGUACGACGAAAUAUUGUUCUUCUUUUUUAAAAAAUGCUUCUUGUGGUAAUGAGGAAUGUUUUUACUUACAUGAACUAGGAAAUGUAAUAGAUAGUUUUUCAAAAGAUGAUAUACAUGGACCUAAACAUAUAUAUCAUGAUCUUUUAUAUUUAUAUUUUAAAAAAUUACCAGAUAAAAAAAAUGACGGGACUUAUGAUUCUUUAUCAAAUAGUAUAACCAUCAAAAAUUUUAAAUUAAAUGAAGAAGAUGUAUCUUCGUUAGUAAAAAUCGAAAAAACUGAAACGAAAAAAAAAUUAGAAAAUAAUAUUGAAGAUACAAAUGUGAAUGAUGAUAUAAAAAAAAAUAAUAAUAUAAAUUAUACAGAAUUUAAAUAUUUUAAUGAAUGGAAGAAUAAAAAUUUAAAUUUAGAAAAAAUUAAACAAGAUCAAAAUAAAAAUGCACCACCUCAAAAUAAUAAACAAUCAAAAUGGAUAAUGGAAGAUAAAAUAUUACAAAUAAAAAAAAGUGCAACACAUGACAAUAUACCUAUACAAUCAAAUGAUCAAGAAAAUUAUGAUAUAGAUGAUGAUAUACAUGAUAAUGAUAUAAAUGAUAUGGAUGAUGUUGAUGAUAAAAAAUCGAAUAAUAAUAAUAAAAUAAAAGCAAAGAAAAAAAAAAAAUCCAAAAGUGAAGAUGUAUUACCUUUAGAUAUGUUAAAAAAUAAUUCAUAUAUAGCAACUAAUAAAAAUAAUAUACCUACUAAUGAUAAGAAAGGUAAAAAUUAUUUAAAUUCUGUACAAAAUACUUCUACUUCUUUAAUUUUUAAUAGUUAUAGUGAUGACAAAGAUCAUAUCUCAAAAAAUAAAAAUAAUAACACCAGCAAAAAUAAUAAUAAUAAUAAUAAUAAUAAUAAUGUGAUGAAUGAUACAGAUUAUCUUAAUGAAUUGUCCGAAAAUUAUCCAUCAAUUAAUGAAGCUCUAUUGGAUAAAGAUAAAAAGAAAAAGGCAAAAAAAAAAGCUGAGAAAAAUAAAGCGGAAAAAAAUAAAGCAGAAAAAAAUAAAGCGGAAAAAAAUAAAGCUGAAAAAAAUAAAGCAGAAAAAAAUAAAGCGGAAAAAAAUAAAGCAGAAAUAAAUAAAACAGAUACAAAUAAAGAAAAUACAAAUAAUGAAGAUAAAAAUAAUGAAGAUAAAAAUAAUGAAGAUAAAAAUAAUGAAGAUAAAAAUAAUGAAGAAGAUAGAAAUAAAAUUAUUACAAAAAAUGAAAGUGAAGAACAAAAAAAAGAAAACGAUUCUACAGAUACCAAAAAGAAUAAGAAAAAGAAUCAAAACAAUCAACUCAUAGAAAAUAAAAAAAAAGAACAAGAUAAUAUAAACAAAAAUAACAUUACUAAUAAUAAACAAGAAAGUAACAAUAUUAAUGAAAAGAGUACAGAUGAUUCCAAAAAAUUUACUUCCCUUAUUUCAAAUUAUUUUAGUGAAUUAUUAGAUAAGAAAAAAAAGAAAGACACAUCAAAAAAUGAAACCCAAGAAAAAAAUGAGGAAAUUAAUAAAGAAAAUGUCAUAGAUAAAAAGAAAAAUAAAAAUACCCAACCUCAACAUGUUAUCAUCUUCAACAACAACAAUGAUAAUUAUAACAAUAAUAAUAAUAAUAAUAAUAAUAGUAAUAUUAUUAUCGGUUUUCGUGAAGGACAGGUUGAACUUGCACGGAGAAAAGAAUUUAUUUUUACAGAUGACGGGAAAAUUAAAAAAAUAGUGGAAGAAAAAGAUAAGCUAGAAGGAAAAUCAAAAGAAGACAAGAAAGGAGAUCAACAAUCAGAUGUACAUCAAAUUAUAGACAAGAAACAAGGAGGAAUAGAAAACCAAAGUUUAGAAGAAUCAAAAAGAAAAGCAAAAAACAUUCAACAAAAGGAUAAUACAAAAAAUGCAGAACUUCUUAAAUGUGAUGAGAAAAAAACAGAAGGGAAUCUAAGUAAUACAUUAACACAUUAUGUUACAAAUCAACAAGAUAAUUUUGAUCAAGACAUAGAAAAUAACAUACAUAAUCAAAACGAGGAAAACAACCUAAAUAAAAAUACAUCAAAAGGUAAAAAAAAAAUAGAAAAUAAUAAUAAAGUGGUAGAUACGAAAAUAUUAAAUAUCGAAGAUAUUAUUAAAAUGAAAAGUAUUAAUAAUAAUGAUAAUAUAAAAUUACCAGAAGAAAUAAAAGAAUAUAUCAAGAAAAUGAAAAGUGGAGGUAUAAAAGAAAAUGUGGAAUAUGAUAUAUAUCAUAAAUUUAUAAAUAAUUAUUUCAAUGUAAAAGAAUAUGUAGAUGGUAUUAUUGUGGUAGAAGAGAAAGAAGUGAAAGCGAUGAAAGGGAAUGAUAAUAAUGUGAAAGAUCAAAAAAAAGGAAAACAUGAAGAAGAUAAUAAGAAGAAAGUAUUAAUUAGCAAAACAGAAGAAGGUGAUACAUCAAAAAGAAAACAAAAAAAUAUGUCGGAUAAAAAAAAUAAAAAAGAAAAAAGAAAAAAGAAAAAAGACAAAAAAAAUGAUAAUGAUAAUGAGGAAGAAAAUGAUAAUGAAGAAGAUCAAGAGGAGGAUGAAAAGCAGGAUAUUAUAAAUAAAGAUGGUAUUUUACAAAAAGAGAACAAAAAAAUAAAAAACAAAAAUAAAACAAAAAAAAAAAAUGAUCAAGAAGAAAAAGAAGAAGAAGAUGAAGAUGAUGAAGAUGAAGAAGAUGACGAUGAAGAAGAAGAAGAAGAAAUACAAAAGGAUAAUGUAACAUUAAUAAAGAAGAAAAAAAAGAAAAAAGAAAAAAAAAAUAUUUCAAAUAAAAAAAAUGUAAUGUAUCAUAAAGAAAUGGAAGGAUAUAUAAUGGAUACAAUAAUGGGUAUAAUAUUAAAUGAAUUAAAAGGUAAAAAUAAUGUCAAACAAAUUAAUAUUAAUAAAAAUAAUUAUGAUGAUGAAAAAAAUGUAUUACUCAAGGAUGUCGAAAUUUUUAUAAAAAAUUUAUGUGUUGCUAAAUGUAAAUCUAUAGAAAAUAAUAAGAACAAAGAAAAUAUACUUUAUAUAAUAGAGGAAGGAAAUGAUGAAAAUAAUACAUCAAAAAAAAAAGAAGCUAAAAAAAAAGCAAAAAGAAAUGAUUAUAUAAUAUAUUCAAAUGAUGAACAUACAUUUUUAAAAUCACACAAAGGUAUAAUGCAAUAUAUAUUAAAAAAUGGAAACACCAGCAGUAAUAAAAAUAAUAAGAUUAAAAAUGUGGAUGAUAAAAAUAAUAAUGUGGAUGAUAAGAAUAAUAAUGUGGAUGAUAAAAAUAAUAAUGUGGAUGAUAAAAAUAAAAAUGUGGGCGAUAAAAACAAAAAUGGGGAUGAUAAGAAUAAAAAUGUGGGUGAUAGCAAUAAGGCUAAAAUAAAAAUAAGUGAAUAUCUAAAUGAUAAAAAUACUUUUGAUUUUUUUAAAGAUCUGAUAAUAUCCAAUAAUCAAGAUACGAUCCAUACACCUGAUCAUAUUAUAUUCGAUAAAAUAUUUAACGAGCAAAUUAAUUUUGUACAACAAUUAUGUGAAACAGAUUUUAAAAUAAAUUCAAGAAAUGUUAUAUCGACAAAUAAAAAAACAGAUAGACAUCUAUAUCAAUCUAAUCAAAAUGUACAUAAUAAAUUAAAAAAAAAUACACAAGGAGGAGGUAAUAUAUCAAAUAUAUGGGUUAAUUUCGAUAAUACUGUUCAAAAUAAAGAAUUGAAUGAGAAGCUAAAUUUAAGUGCAUAA